AUGAACCACAAAAUUUCGGUGUUUGGGAAGGGUCUUGAAAUUCGUCCAUUAUUAUCGGAGCUCAAUCUUCCACCACAAACGGCAUUGGCGCCGGCUCAGCCUGGACAUCAGGAUGAGCUCAUUUCCAUCGACAUGAAGUGGCUCGAAAGAUUUCCCAAUCUUAGUGAUUUAACUUAUGUCACAAGAAAGGCGCAUUACAACUGGUGGAUAGGUGGUGAAUACCGCGUUCAUGGCCCUGAUGUUGUGAGCAGGCCAGCUGAAGGCUGUAAAUGGCAUGGGGAGCCUGAAAAAAACAUAAACGCAGCCUGGGUUGAAGAUUAUCUGGAGGGCAAUCCCAAGGAUCAGGGGCUCGAAUAUUAUGAGAAGAUGGGUAUUUGCGAUGAUACAGGAACAACAUGGGCAUUUGACGGAAAGAAUUCUUUCGCGCAAAAUAUUUGGCAGUUCGCGUGGCAACGCCGCUUGGGCGUUGACCCAGGUUUAAGAGAGACAUAUGCGUAUACUGAUAAACGCCGGGACACCAUGAUUCACAAGUACUCCGACAAUGCUUCGGCAGCCGUGCCAAAGAUUGGGCUUCGCGGAUAUUCCUACAACACUAGCUCUUGUGGUGGCUUUUGGGCAGGCUACAGGCUUUAUGUCGGAAAUCACCCUCGGCUCGAAUUCUCACCUCUGGCCUGGGACGAUGUCAAAGAGUAUUUGGAGUCGUUCCAGACAUAUGAAGACAACAGGGAAGAUGCAGAAUUCGGGAAAGAGGAGGCGGAAACUGUAAGCAAACGUUACAAACAUGGGAAGGAUAUCAAACCCAGCUCUCCGGAAACGAUCGUCAAAAUAACCAUCAUCAGACCAGGGGAAGAGGCGCCCCGUUCACACCCACAUCAUUGCUGGGAACCAGUGGCAGGUGACUUCAACAAUUGUGAUGAUCUUCAAGGUGUUGAUUGGCGUCAGGUAUUCCCUGUUAAUCCCCCACCCGUUGGGAAGGAAUUCAAGAAGUUCAUGGCACCCGGAUUCAACAGACGUCUUUCCGACGAAGACAACAUGCUGCUGUGCAGCCGAGAGGAGAAAUUAUUGAAAAAUCUCAACAGGUUUAGAAUUCGACAGAUAUUCUAUACUGUCAUGCGAGGAAUUUAUGGAAAUCAUAAAGCAGGCCUCCCAGCCCCAUAUCACUUUCAUGAGAGCGAGGUACCCUCAGGAAGUACGAAUUGA